AUGGCGGGCGCGGGCGGCGAGGCGCGGUUCGCGGGGCUGACGCUGGUGCAGCUCAACGAGCUGCUGGAGGACGAGGGGCAGCUGGCGGCCAUGGUGCAGCGGAUGGAGGAGACACAGAAUGUCCAGCUCAACAAAGAAAUGACGCUCGCCAGCAACCGGAGCCUGGCCGAGGGGAACCUCCUGUACCAGCCCCAGCUGGACGCGCGGAAGGCGCGCCUGACGCAGAAGUACCAGGAGCUGCAGGGGCUGUUUGAGGCCUACCAGAUCAAGAAGACCCAGCUAGACCAACAGCCCAGCAGUGCCUCCUUGGAGACCCUGUUAGCGCUUCUCCAGGCCGAAGGAGCCAAGAUUGAGGAAGACACGGAGGACAUGGCAGAGAAGUUUCUCGAGGGAGAGCUGCCUCUGGACUCCUUCAUCGACGUGUACCCGAGCCAGCGGAAACUGGCCCACGUGCGGAGAGUCAAGAUCGAGAAGCUGCAGGAGAUGGUGCUAAAGGGGCAGAGACUCCCACAGGCCCCGGCCCCACUGCCGUCCAGGGGGCCCGAGCCAGUGCCCGCCGCCCCGGAGGCUAGCGGCCCCCCCUCAGUCAUGCGUCGGCGCAUCCCGCCCCCGGUGCCCGCAGGACGCUUAGCCACGCCGUUUACCGCUGCCGUGGGCUCAGCGCAGGCCCCGCUGUACCCGCCCCUGCCCCCCCGCAUGGGCCUCCCCCCGCAGUUUGUGUCGCCAUACCCACCCCCUCUCCCCCAGAGGCCCCCGCCCCGACUGCCUCACCAGCCAGGCUUCAUCCUGCAGUGA